AUGUCUUGGUGGCGACAGGACCAAGCUGCACCUCUAUCUAACCCACCACGACAACCUCCUCCACCACCUGCAGCUACGGACAUCAAUGUCACCAUAAUCGACAACCCCGUCGUCAACCGCAACCCACCAGCAGAAAAUAUGGACAAUAUGGUGAUAUUGCUAGCUACGGACAACAGAAGAGAUGGAGGCCAGCGGCGAAUAAACUCGGGUAUGGUGCAUGCGGCAUUCUCAAGAAGAUUCCCGGAAGACAAUCACACCAAAGAGCAGUUGAAAAACAGGGUUUAUACAUUAACAAUUUAACAAAUUAUACAUUAAUUAUGUAAAAGCAAAGUUGUAAAAUAUAGCACAAAACAUUUUUUAAAGUUGUAAAUGUUACAUAAUUCAUAUUAUUAAAUUCAAAUUUUACCUUCACCUUCACAUUUUAAAGCAUAAAAUGGGGAAAGUAUUAUUUAAAUAAGGCUUUUACUACAAUUGAGCAUUAUUUCACAAGUUCUAUUCAAAAAUAACAAAAAAACGUAAAAAAAACAACAAAAAAUAAAAUAAAUAAAUAAAAAGUAAAAGUCCUAAGUAAAAAAAGUUCAAAUCUUGCCUAUAUAGAAAUGAUCAGCGUGUUGAGACACAUAUUUUAAACAGGGUGUGAAAGUUACAAUUUUUUCUGAAAUUGCAGAUCCAGAUUCCAGUCUCCAGUCCAAAAUUUCAUGAGUCCAGGUUUAUGAAUACGGUCUUUUUUGUCAUCUGUCAAUCAAGGUACAUUCUAACAAAUGGACUGUGAUUUCUGGAUUCCGGACUUGACUAUGAAUCUGUUUUUUUAAAACGCCGAUUUCUCCUAGGAAGCAUAUUUUGUUAAUAUUCAUUCUAUCCGGUCGAAAAGUAGCAAUUUUGAGUGGUAUUGUUUUAAAUGCAUAUAUCUUUCAAACUAUACAUCGUACGGAAACAGAAAUCGCAUCGUUCGAAAGAGGAUGUCUUCCGCUUUCCAACGAUACCAAUUUCAAUUUCAUCCCGAGCUUGGUUAACGAUUUACUCGCAUAAAUUUGCAUAAAUUAUGAUAUAAAAAAUGUUGCAAUUAUGCAUAAAUGUAUUUACCGGUACAAAUUUCAAAUAUGUCAAACAUUUUAUGAAUGUAUCUGAAAGACCCGGUUGUGAUCUACAUGUACCCGAAGUUUCAUGCAUGUAGCAUAAAUGGAAGUAUUUUAUUGAAUUUUUGAAUAAACUAUGUAAUGGAGUAAAAUUUACAUUUUGUGCUCACAUGAAACAAAUACCCUUACCAAAGGUCCUUUUUCAUUGCUGCAACAUAUUAUCAAUACGAAUUUCCAACAUUUCUUACUCUCCAAGGAUAGUAUGGCACCAAAAUAAGUCUGUGAUACCCACAAAAGAACACUCAAAUCACUAUUUGCAAAAUGUCUUUAUUUCUACGGUCACUAUAUACAUUCUUAGAUAAUCAGUACACCAUUGACUUAGUUAUCAGUAGCAUAACCAGCCUGAAAAUUUGGUCAUGCUAUUCAAAUUUUAAAUAAUCAUUACUCAUUUCUUGAGAAAUUGAUUGUUUUCACAAUCUAGAACAUGAAAAUAUUUGCAUAUAGCAUGACCAAGUGUCGUCGGGCUGGCAUCAUCAUUAGUAGUUAUAAAAGAGGCCUCGUGUUAAAACAAGAAAAUUGUCCUGGCAAGUAGGGUAAAAUUGUCUCAUAUAAACAAAGACAAUUUUAUCUCAUUUACCAGGCUCUCUCGCUAAGUGGGCCAGCUUGGCUUCCAUAUCAACAGCCCCUGAAUGAUAGCACAAACAUACCGCUAUUAUUUUUAUUACCACCUGACCUGACUAUAAUAAAGUAGCACAAAUUGGAAAUAUUAUGGGAUUUAUAUUUUAGCCUGCUAAUGCUAUUACACCACCUGUAAAACGUCACAAACGUGUAGAGGUAGAAAGUUGGAAGCAGAAUGUUGUAAAAAUUAAGCGACUAAAAGGAGAGGCCUACAAAAAGAAGAAUGGUCAGGACAAACAAGAAAGGAAGCUCGGACAACUUUGCACAUCAGAAUUCUGCCGAAAGUCUUCUCUUCGCAGGUGUGAAUUGAUUAACGAAGAGCAGAGAAAAUCCAUCUUUGACAAAUUCUGGUCCAUGCAAUCUUGGACAGAGCGACAUUUGUAUAUUCAAACAUUGGUUGUAAAGGUGAUUUUCUGAAUAUUAGUUUGGUUUAAGGCAAAAGAAGAAGUUGGGUGAACUACAGUCUUUUCGACUUUGAACAUAUACAAACAUCAAUUCAGGUUUGACUCUACCAAUUACUAGUUUGAAAUUUAAUAAAUUUAAAAUUUGUUGUUUAGAAUGAUGUUAAACAAAAGAAGGUAAACCAUGGCCAUUCAAGUAGGCAGUGUUCCCUUAAAUACAGGCUGAAGCUUCCAGAUGGAUCGGCAAUGCCAGUCUGCAAAAAGCUUUUUGCAUCCACCUUUGGAGUUCCAGAACGGACAAUUGCAUCAUGGUUGGAAGACUCUAUGAAUAGUAAGCAGCCAAAACCAAAAAGUCCUUUAAGUGGUAAUAAGAAGUUCACUUAAUUGGUAGCUUAGUGAUAGAGAAGUUUAGAUAAUCUUGUUCAAGAUAAACUAAUACUAGUUUGGGUAGGUAGUUUGGUGCUAAUUAAGUAACUUCUACAAAAUGAUUGUUUUUGUUUCAAGGUAAAACUGCUGCCAUUGCUGAUUCAGAUCAAGGCUUUCUAAAUCAAUGGCUUGCCGGUCUACCAACAGUGCCCUCCCACUACUGUCGAAACACCCCAACCUACCAAAACAAAAAGUUUCUAGAACCAGGUACUACCAUAGCCAAUCUUCACAGAGAAUACAAGGAUGCAGCAAAUAGCAGUGGACAUAGAGCAGUGUGCAUAAAACUUUUUUCAGAAGCAUUCCAUAAGCUGAAUUUCUCUGUGUUUGUGCCACGGAAAGAUCAGUGUGACCAAUGCUUGAGUGCAAAGCAUGGGAACAUCAACAAUGAGACAUAUUUGGCACAUAUUCAAGCAAAAAAUGAAGCUAGGGCUGAAAAAAGUAAAGACAAAGCCAAUGCUAGUCCAAAAAAAUCGGUAUGGACACUCAACGUCCAAGCAGUCCUUACAUGUCCCAAAACGAAGGCUAGUGCCUUGUAUUAUAAAACGAAGCUACAAGUCCAUAAUCUAAGUUUCUACAAUCUUCAUACCCAUGACGGUUAUUGCUACGUAUGGGACGAAACUGAAGGCGAUGUUAACAGUGAAAUGUUUGCGUAUUUACAGUACAAGCAUUUCAGUGGAGUUCUUGAUUGUCAUCCUGAAAUUGAGGAGAUUAUAGUCUGGAGCGAUGGAUGUGCAUACCAAAAUCGGAAUGUAACUCUUAGCAAUAGCUACAUUGCUUUAGCUAAGAAGUACGGAGUGAAAAUUACCCAGAAAUAUCUUGUCGUUGGACACACCAGAUGGAGGUCGACAGCAUGCAUGCCGUCAUUGAAAAACGAAUUGUUGGCAAUAUCUACACUCCACGUGACUACAUUGUCAUCAUGGAAACUGCUCGUACAAGACCAGCCCCUUAUGUUGUGAAACCGGUGUAUCAUCACAAGGUAUUGAAGCUUAAUGGCGCUUACGUUAAAAGCAUCAUACCUGGUAAGAAGGUAGGUGACCGAACAGUAUUUCGGCUGAGAGCUCUUGAAUAUAAACAGAGUGGGAAAGUGAGCUUUAAGUUGAGCUUUUCAGAUGAGUUGAGUUGGAAGGUUUUGCCACAAAGAGUGAACAACCCAACAAAACCAUUCGAGUGGGUUCGCCAUUUUGAAUCUCAACUGCCAAUCAAGUCGAGAAAGUUCAACGACCUCCAGUCAAUGAAACCUGUAUUACCACUGUGGGCACAUGGAUUUUAUGACGCGCUUCCUCAAGAUAGUGAAUAA